UGGGCGUGCUUUGCAGGCCAAUUAUGUGCCAAAACAAAAAUCAAAAACCGAAUGCGGCGAUAAUUGCUUGAAAUAAUAAAAACCGGUUUCAAAUGUGGCGCUCAAAAGUACCCAUCAGACUUAAAACGUCUGGCAACGCUUUAGCUGCAUACCGAAAGAACGGCCACACUCGCGAAAAUACCAAACAACAACAAAAGCGCUGACAUUGAAAAAUCGAGAAUUAAAAAAAGAAAUAACAACUAAUUUCUGCAAUUAGAGCGCGGAAUUGCAUGGCGAAAAAUCGAUUUGCAGAGCAGCAGCGAUGGAGCAGCGGGCUAACUUCCUGGCACUGACCCUGCUGGACGCCUUGGAGGACGAGAACGAAGCGGAUAUCAUGUCCAUGCUGGAGCGGAAUACUAUCAACGCUGGCAUCGUGCCCUGCGAACGGGGACUGGCUCCGUUGCACUACGUUUGCGGGAUGCGGAACGGAGAGCUGGCUCGCCGCAUCCUGGAACGCUUCCUCGAGUGCCCCGACCUCGACGUGGACUCGCUGUGCGAUGGCAAGACCACGGCCCUGCACAUUGCGAGCAUCUAUGGACGCGAGGAGCUGGUGAGAAUGCUGCUGGAGCGUGGAGCUCGUGCCGAUCUGGCUGAUGAGGAGAACAAGCUUCCGGUUCACUAUGCCAUCGAGGAGUGCCACUUUGAGGUGCUGCAGCUGCUGCGGGACCACAUUUUCCGCGAGAAACAGCGACUGAAGAGCCAGCGGCAACACCUGCAGCCCGGCGACGGUCUGACCCCCAACCAGCUGAAAUAUAACCAUGACACAACGUCACCCUACUACAUUAACAUCACCCACAGGCGGCAUCGGCCGCAGCCCAAGUUUCCAGACGACUGUGGUAUACCUCCAUUGCCGGACGAGGAGUCUGUUAAUCUCUUUGCCCUGACCGAGGCCCAUCUUACUCAGCUUAUACAGAGCCAGCGGGAGACGGCCCCGCACGAGGAUCCCGACUAUCCCAAGCAGCGGUCGCUUAUCGAAAGCUGGCGCGAAAAGGUGGAGCGCUCGCGGGCUCGCCAAUCCCUGCUGCACCAGUACGACGAACAUGUGGAGGCCCUGGUGGAGGAGGCCAUGGGCCAGGAUGACUUCAACUAUGAACAGCAUCUGCAGCAGAAACUGCGCAGCGAGGAGAAGCCCAAGGAUCAGCAGGAAGAGGCACCAGGCUCGGGCCGCCAGGUGUUGGAGCACCUGGUAGAGCAAGUCUCGCGGGCAGUAGUUGUUGCCCCGGAGCCAGAGCAUAGCUUCUUUACAGCCCAGGGUGAGGAGCAGGAGGAAGAGGUGAUGCUGGAGCAGGUUGAAGCGGAAUCGAUAAUCUCCCCCCGCCAGGAUGAGUAUUUCCUGCAGAUCAAGGAAGCCUACGUGCACACGGACGAUGAGAAUGGCCUCGUCUUCUACGAGGCCAAGUUUCUGCAGAAUACAGAAAAGCAGGAGCCCGCCAAGCGGCCACUGGUAGAGAAAUCCCCAGAACUGGACAGCACUGUGAGCACGAAUCUCACCCUGCCGCUGGACUACGAAACGGAUGCCCUGCGCCGGGAGCUGACCCAGCUGGGUGCUCCGGUGGGUCCCAUUACCAAGACCACAAAGCGGCUGUACAUCAAGCAGCUGAUCAAGUACAAGCGGAAUACGGAGGCUCUCCUGGCGGCCCAGAAGCAUGCGGUGGAGGCCCAGAUACGCUACUCCGUGGAGUUGCAUCGCACGUUGCGCUCGCCGGAGGAUUUCGCCAGGAUAAGCGACUACCUACCACAUGAGGCAGCUUCCGCGGAUCAUUUCGCCAAGUCGGGUCUGCCGAAGAAGAACCUGCGCGAGGGCCACAUCAAGCAGAGUUUCAUCUACAUGCUGAUUGAUCCGCGCAUCUCGCGGAAUUUGCCCGGUGAAAGUGCCUUCUUGGACAAGUUUGGGGUGUGGCAGCGGUUCUUGGACUCAAUAUUUUACGUGGGCAAGGGCAAGUCCUCGCGGCCCUAUGCUCAUCUCUACGAUGCCAUGAGACAGCACACGCGGCUCCACCAGCAACGGGACAAGGAUAAGACCAAGGCGGGUGGUACUGGAGCCCGAGGUGGUGGAUUCAGAACUUUGCAGCCUGAAGUCUUCCGCUCUCCUCCGCCUGUUACUGGCAAAAUGGGCAGCAGGAAGCUGGAGCGCAUCCUGGAAAUCUGGCAGCACGGCAGUGGAGUCGUCUGCCUGCAUGUCUUCCACAACAUCAUGCCCAUUGAUGCGUACACCCGCGAGGCUUCCAUCAUAGAUGCCAUGGGCCUGGCGCACUUGACGAAUCUCAAGCGUGGCGAUUACUAUGGACCCGCCCAGUCCUGGACGAUGAAGCAAAAGAAGCAGCUGGGCAUUGCGUUGCUCUUUAAGGCCAUGCACAUCUACCUGGCGGAGGGCGAGUCCCAGCUCUCGCCCAGCGACCUUCUUUGAGGGGUGGCCAUAGGCACCGAGUACAAAGUGCAUCGAAAAUGUUCAAAGCUUGAUCUCAAGAUUGCUUUUAGUAGGAAAUAAGUCUAAAUGUGGAGGCAAUAGCUUCAAAAUAGUUAAGGGAAUUUCACAAAUAAAAUAAAUUACACAUAGUU